AUGACACAGUACAUUGUCCUGCUGGAAUAUCCCAUCGUUGUGGGGGUACAUCAAGUCCAUGAAUGGCUGCAAAUGGUCACCAAGCAGUACCCUGAAGGCAAUGAGGAUGAUGACAGUUAUACUAAGGUACGAAACAAGCGACAGGCUGAACAGUAUGAAUACACUCCAACCAAAACAAGAUGUCCCCUGCUACUUGUGGCUGAUUAUCGCUUCUACCAGGAAAUGGGAGGCAGUAACACCAAGACAACCAUUAAUUACUUAAUAAGCUUGAUUGACCGAGUGCACAAGAUAUAUAAUGAUACAACAUGGCAGGAUCGGCAGGAGCAGGAUGGUUUCAAGGGCAUGGGUUUUGUGAUCAAAAAGAUAGUAGUUCAUAAUAAACCUACCAAAGUCCGUGGUAAUGAAGAACACUACAAUAUGAUGCGGGAGAAAUGGGAUGUGCGGACCUUAUUGGAGGUGUUUUCUCGUUAUAAUGAGCUUGACAACGUUUGUCUGGGUCACCUGUUCACCCACCAGACAUUUGAUGCUGCUAAUUCAACAGUUCUGGGGUUGGCGUACAUUGCUUCACCUCGGCCUUACUCCCAUGGAGGAAUCUGCUCUUUAAAGUACUUCAAGAAUGGAUACACGUUGUAUCUGAACUCAGGCCUGAGCUCAAGUCGGAACCACUAUGGACAGAGAGUUAUAACAAGAGAGGCCGAUCUUGUUACUGCCCAUGAGUUUGGUCACAAUUGGGGUUCUGAACAUGAUCCUGAUAUUCCAGAAUGUAGCCCCAGUGCAAGUCAAGGGGGCUCCUAUCUCAUGUACACAUACAGUGUUAGUGGGUAUGAUAUCAAUAAUAAGCGCUUUUCACCAUGCAGUUUGCGAUCAAUUCGCAAAGUACUGCUGGCCAAAUCGGGGCGCUGUUUCUCAGAACCACAAGAAUCCUUCUGUGGCAACCUGCGUGUGGAAGCUGAUGAGGAGUGUGAUGCAGGAUUACUGGGUACAGAAGACAAUGAUGCCUGCUGUGAUAAGAACUGCAAGCUGCGUCGCAACCAGGGAGCUGUGUGCAGUGACAAGAAUUCUCCAUGCUGCCAGAACUGUCAGUUUAUGCCAGGGCAAAUGAAAUGUCGUGACGCACAGCCAGCGACUUGUGAGCAGGAAUCACGCUGUACGGGAGCUUCUUCAGAGUGUCCACGUAGUUUAGCAAUGACAGAUGGAACACCCUGCCUGGAGAGAGGACAGUGUCGUAGGGGGAAGUGUAUGCCAUACUGUGAGACCCAGGGUCUUCAAAGCUGCAUGUGUGACAUCAUUGCAGAUGCUUGUAAACGAUGCUGUCGCAUGAACCUGAAUGACACAUGUUUCCCUGUUGAUCCUCAAGACAUUCUGCCUGAUGGAACUCCCUGUAUUCAGGGCUUCUGCAAUAAGGGUAUGUGUGAGAAAACAAUCCAAGAUGUGGUGGAGAGAUUCUGGGAUAUUAUAGAAGACAUCAAUAUCAACAAAGUUCUAGUUUUUCUACGGGACAAUAUUGUUGGUACAGUGAUCCUUGUGACAGCCAUCAUUUGGAUUCCAGCCAGUUGUGUAGUGAGUUAUGUGGACCGAAGGAGAAGAAAUGCUCAAGAAGCAAGUGACAAAUGGAGGAACAGCAAUCAGUUCUAUAGGGAUGAUAAUCGACGUGUAAUAAACAUAAACAUUUCACGGCAAAGACCUCCCACUGCAGCACACCUCCAUACAACAGGACCCUUGUAAUUUUAGGUUAAUUUACAGUGGCACUGUGAAUAUUAUGUAAGUAUUAGUUCAUAUCUGACUUCUGUAGUACUUCUUUGCAGUGCAUUGAUUAAUGUUCUGUGUUGAAAGUUUAUCUUCCACACAUUGUACAACUGUCAUUGCCCAUGUGCUGGUUCGUCAAGCCCCUACAGUUCUAAUAUUGUAUUCUUUGCCAAAAAAAUCCAAUUAUUGCCAAGUUUAAAUCCAAUCACCAGCACUCUGUAAUAGCAGGAGCUUUAUAUGCUGACAUUGAAGAUUAGCGAUGGGUUUUAAUAGAUAUUCUGUAUCUGUUGACAGUAAAUUUUCUAAACAACACAGCUGUGAAUUGAACUUACACAUUGCGGGUCUUCCAAACUUGACGGGAACUCUGUGGGGCUCAUCUCAGCAAGCACUCAUAAAGAAGCUCACUGUAUAUAUGAGUAUGCUUUCUGCAUAACACCCUAUUAGGACAUCCAGAUAUUUUCAGACUUGAGAAUGGCUUCAGAAAAGUAUCUUGGUUUCUUCCAUUUUGAGCCUACUUUAGACAUGCAUUAGUUACUAGGAUUUGUAACAUCACUGCCUCAGAAUUUGACUUGAAGCUUUGCUCUUAUUACUUUCAUAAAAUUCUUUCCUCUCACUUAUUAAUAAUUCUAGGUUUUUUUCUUGAAGAUAAAACAUGUUUAGAAGGUAUAUUAAAUAACACUGGUUUCUCAUCUGUGUGCCCUUAACAGUAUAAGAACAAUUGGAUGGAUGAAGAGAUAUGCACAUGCAUGUGUAUGCAUACACACACCCACAUGCACAGACCAAAAAUUAGUAGAUGUGUUAUAUUGUCAUAAUUACAUACUGUAUCUGCCAAAAUGUAAUUCAGUUUUCCCAUAAAGUAAGGCAGUACAGUGUACAGAUAGAUGUAGCAGGUUUCCCUGAUGUGUUUCAGAGUACAAGUUACUUGUAAAAUUUAUAAUGUAGUUAUUUUCCUUGCUUUAGAAUCUGAAGCUCUUAAAAUGCCAACAGGUUCAGCAGUUUGUUCCUAAUUUAACUAUGUUUAUAUGAGAAUUCUUCAAUUUUAAUAUGAUUAAACACAUUCAAACAAUCUGUUAUUUGCUUCUGUGCACUUAUGGACUUUACAGUUUACAAGACUAUCAUUAGCCACUUCUGACAACAGCCUUUCAUAUCACAACAGUAAAGCUCAAAAACCAAAAUUGUUACCAGUCUUUUGAAACACGUUAGACUGAGUGUUGAAGGUAUUGCAACAGUGGGAUGUUGUGACAUUCAUCAUACAAGGUAGUGAUAUUGAAAGAAAAAUAUAUCAUGAAGGUAAAGUUUAAUCAAAAUCAUGACUUUCUUAUUCCCACCUUUGUACAUUCCAGUUCGGUGUCAGAAAAGAGAAAGUGUAGCUUCAUGUGGGUGGCACCAUUGGAUGUAAAAGCCUGUAUUUCCUAAACAUCAGAUGCAGCAUAGCAGUAUGCAUGUAUCUUUCAAAUGUCAGUUAACAUUUUUUGGCAGGGGCUGCAGUAAAGUUGUCACUGUGC